CAACUCCUGGGGGCUGCCGAGGCUGCAGGGGCGCGCCGGGUGCGCGGGGAGAGCUUCCCAAAGUUCCACCAGCCCGGUACCUUCCACCCGAGGUACUGAAGUGCCUCCGUGUCCCUUUGGGAACGCAGGAUCCAGCUCCAGCGAGUGGCAGGAGUUCCGCACUGUCCCUAUCCACUUUUCAAACACCGCGUCUCCGCGGUGACCUGGAGCAACAUAGAAGAUCCUGACAGAUUCUCCGCUGAGCUUAAAGCCAGGACUCACGCAACCUCGCAGGCGGCGUGCGCGCAGGACCGGCAGCGGUGGCCUGCAGGCGGCGGAGUUCGGCGGCGCGGCUCCUGCAGGGUGCGACCCCCGGGAGCGCCGGGCGCGCGCGACGAUGAGGGCGCGGCCGCAGGUCUGCGAGACUCUGCUCUUCGCCCUGGCGCUCCACACCGGCGUGUGCUAUGGCAUCAAGUGGCUGGCACUGUCCAAGACUCCGGCGGCCCUGGCACUGAAUCAGACGCAACACUGUAAACAGCUGGAGGGCCUGGUGUCUGCGCAGGUGCAGCUCUGCCGCAGCAACCUGGAGCUCAUGCGCACCAUCGUGCACGCCGCACGGGAUGCCAUGAAGGCCUGCCGCCGGGCCUUCGCUGACAUGCGCUGGAACUGCUCCUCCAUCGAGCUCGCCCCCAACUACCUGCUUGACCUAGAGAGAGGUACUCGGGAGUCAGCCUUCGUGUAUGCCCUGUCAGCUGCCACCAUCAGUCACACCAUCGCCCGGGCCUGCACCUCUGGCGACCUGCCCGGCUGCUCCUGCGGCCCUGUCCCAGGUGAGCCACCCGGGCCCGGGAACCGCUGGGGAGGAUGUGCAGACAACCUCAGCUACGGGCUCCUCAUGGGGGCCAAGUUUUCCGAUGCUCCUAUGAAGGUGAAAAAAACAGGAUCCCAAGCCAAUAAACUGAUGCGUCUACACAACAGUGAAGUGGGGAGACAGGCUCUACGCGCCUCCCUGGAAACGAAGUGUAAGUGCCAUGGGGUGUCUGGCUCCUGCUCCAUCCGCACCUGUUGGAAGGGGCUGCAAGAGCUCCGGGAUGUGGCUGCUGACCUCAAGACCCGCUACCUGUCAGCCACGAAGGUGGUACACCGGCCUAUGGGCACCCGCAAGCACUUAGUGCCCAAGGACCUGGAUAUCCGGCCUGUGAAGGACUCAGAACUAGUGUACCUACAGAGCUCCCCUGACUUCUGCAUGAAGAAUGAGAAGGUGGGGUCCCACGGGACCCAAGACAGGCAGUGCAACAAGACCUCCAAUGGCAGUGACAGCUGCGACCUCAUGUGCUGCGGGCGUGGUUACAACCCCUACACGGACAGAGUGGUGGAGCGAUGCCACUGCAAGUACCACUGGUGCUGCUAUGUCACCUGCCGCAGGUGUGAGCGCACUGUGGAGCGCUAUGUCUGCAAGUGAGACCGUAUGUCCCACCCCUGGGCAGGGGUGCUGCUCCUCGGAGGACCCACUCAAGGGUCUGGAGAUCCCGGUGGACUUCCCUGCAGAUGCCAGAUGCCAGGCGUGGGAGGCGGCUUGUGCUGUGACUCCUCUUGGAAGACACCACAACAGGAGGCCUGGUCGCCCUGGGAGAGCCGGGGCAUCAAAGGAAACUGAUAGGAUUAAAAAUAACCUGGCAGCCUGGAGCCUGAGUGCCCACAUGUUGCCUUCCAGGCUGCUCCAAGAAGUCAGGGCAGGGAUGGGUAAGACUGUGCAUUUGACCUUUCAAGGCCAGGAAGACCAGCUUUCUGGAAUGUUCUUUGGGACCCUGUGCCCACCACAUGGAACCACUAACUUGGGCUGUAAAUUUUUAUUUUUCUUCCCCUCUCCCUUGGGAUGUGGGAGCUAUAGAAAUAUUUAUAAAAUAUAGCUUUUUCUUUGGGGUGGCUCA